AUGAGUACGAGUGACCUAACACCAACUCAAAUCACGAAACGGGUGAUUGAAUUUGUCAAGAAGAUUCACGCAAUCACCGCAAUCGUCGACGGGUAUGAUGUCAAAGACGAGAGAAUUCUUUCAGAGAUCAUUGAGACGUACUACAGUUACAUUCACGAUGUUGAAAAUAAGUACUACAAAAAUUCGGUAGUGAUGAUCAUGGAAUUUGUGAAGAAACAGUCUUCGUUUCUACAAAAAGUGUUAUUCACAAAAGUCCAAGAGAAACAACAACUCUUUUGGAAUUCCAUCGAGUACACUAACAUUGGAUUGUUCUCAUCUUCUGACAAAGAAAGGUAUUGUGUCGAUUACAUCAACGGAUUUGGCUUUGAAAAUUUAGAAGGGUGGAUUAAGAACCAACGAGCUCCAUACAUUCGAUACGCUUUGGUUGUUGUUAACUACAUCCUUAAUGUGAAAAAUCACUUUGAGAACAUCUAUGAAAUUAUGUAUAUCUUCAACACACCGGAGCUCAUUAAACACCAGACUUUCGUCGACAUUUUUACUGCAUUUUUCGUCGUGUUGUCAACUAAAGUUCAAUUAGAAAGUUACGUGGAAAUCUUACGCAGUUGUCUUGAUAAGAACACAAUGCUCUUUUUUUCUUUUUACCAACGUUUUGUCAUUGAGGAAUUGUUUUACGUCUGUCAGAGUCGUCUUCAAAAAUUCGAGGAGAGAGGUGACCCCUUUUUCAAACAAAAUGAUUUGUCUCUUAUCUUUCAACGAGCAAACGAUAAAUUGCGACUCCGUGAAGAAUACAAGAAGGGUUACAACAAUGACAGUUAUACACGACAAGCUACAAAACCUUUCAGGAAAAGUCGGAGCCCAAGCAAAUCCCGGACGCGUAGUAAGAGUCGGGACUAUUCUCAUGUCAAACCAGUCGAAAAUAAAUACACCCCAACUCCCAACAUCCCAAAUAGUGUGAGUCAGUCCGUCGAACGGACUACUGAGGCUCAAACAAAGUGCUCUCAUCAACGGUCGUUCGCUCCAAAAUUAACUUCAGACGAACUCAAACUAUUCGACGAGAAAUUUGCAAAAGGAACAAAAGAGUUAUCGCCAAGUUGUUGUGCAAGUCUCAGUGAAGAUGUUAUGGACACUGACUUUUUGGAAAAGCAUCACUUGUUCAUCUCGAUCUUUAUUCCCAAAAACAGUAACUUUGAUUGGAUCAUAUCGCAAGCCGUCAAUAUUGGGAAGUGUCAAUGUGACUUCGAUUAUUCCACUCGAGAACUCAUGUUCGAGUUUUUUAGUCACGAAGAUGUCAUUGCGUUCAUCAAGUUUCUUGGGCAACAAAGUGUGAGGUACAAAGAGUUUUAA